AUGUGGAAGCCAGAGGUAGCUUACUUGGCUUUGUUUCAGAACAACCACUCACAAGACUCGGAAUCUAAUCAAACAUUGCUCGAAAAUGGACUGAGUACAAAGAGAAAGGAACGGAAAGAAGCUCUACCUCACAAAGCGUUUUCUUUCUGUAUCUUCUUCCUAGCGGUAUUAAUUCCAUUUAUCUGGAUACCCUUUCCUUCACGUCUACUGCGUGUUGAGACAACUAUUGCAACUGCAGUUCUUAUUUUUGUGGGGAAACAGUUUCAGAUGCAUCUUCUCACCAAUCAUGUUAUAGUUUUUAUUGGGGACAUUUCUUAUUCUUUCUAUCUUCUUCAUUGGCCGGUACAUGUGGUGGUCCGUUAUUGCUAUCCCGAAAAUCCGCUAGCUCCCUUCUUUGGAUUAGCUGUUUCUGCUUUCCUGGCCACUAUGACCUAUUAUCUUUACGAAACCCAAUAUUUACGAUGGUCACCACCAACAAUAUUUAUCCUGAUAGCCUUCCUAAUGGGUGGCAGCUUCGUCCUUUCCUCACAGCCUAUAAAUGUGGAUGAUGCUGAUGGAGUAGAUUCAAAAGCUGUCGAUUACUCUAAGAUUAAUGUAGAAGAUGCUGCAUGGAACAUGACUUUAAUGAGAUACCUGAUAGCUAAAGAAAGGAGAAGUACUCAACAUAUGUGGCAUAAGGACUGCACGUACAGCAGAAGAUUUGUUGAAAAUAGGAAUCUCAAGCCUUUCGGGCUCUGCAUGAUGAAGGUGAGGAUUUAA